AUGUCAAGCACUGCUCAUACUGUUUCUAUUGCCAGCCAAAAAGUAGUUGUUCAAGGCUGUUCUAAUAAAGACGAAUUUGAUAGUGUUCUUGGCUUCCAACCUUUCAAAGAAUGGUUGUCUGCCUUUGACAAACAACAACAAGAACGUCAAGAAGAGCUGGACGUGAAAUCGAUCGAGAUUCAAAAUAUAGACUACUUUGGCACGGGAAAGAUUGGAUUUGUUAAAUUUAAAGCAAACGUCACAUUUAAGGACACAGGCAAAAGUGCACCAGGCAUUGUAUUUAUGCGAGGAGGUGCUGUCUCUAUGUUGAUCGUAUUAAAGGCAAAGGGGGAGAAAGACAAGGUUAUUCUGACUUUGCAACCGCGUAUUCCUGUACCACAUCUUAGUUUUCCUGAAUUACCUGCAGGCAUGUUGGACGGUUCCGGUAAUUUUGCAGGUACUGCGGCCAAGGAAAUCGAAGAAGAGACAGGUCUUGUUAUUAAAGAAGACGAAUUGGUCGACAUGACUGAAUUAGCAUAUGGCAAAGAAUGGAAAGGAGUUUACACAUCAGCUGGCGGAUCAGAUGAGUUUUUGAGAUUGUUUGCCUGUACAAAGCAUAUGGAAAAAGAAAAAAUAAGUGAACUGGAAGGUAAAUUAACUGGUCUUCGUGAUCAUGGAGAAAGCAUUACGCUUAAACUAGCAAACUUGGAAGACGUUUGGAAACUGUCACCAGAUACCAAGUUAUUAUCGAGCUUAGCUUUGUAUGACCGACUUCAAAUCAAAUAA